GCGAGCGUGUGUGCAUGUGUGCUCAUGUGCGACAUUAAUGGCAGAGGCCAGGCCGCGUUUCCACCAGGGAUCCUCUGCCAGCUCUGUCUGCACGGCCGUUAAACAUCUUUGCUUGUACCGCCAGAAGAGCUGAGAAGAGGUUCGACUUCGUGCCCAGCCUACAACCGGGUCUCCCAGCAGAAGGCGUGAGUGCGCCAUGGAGUCCCUCUUCCAGCUGCUCUUCUCGCCGCUCCCCACACCGGCUAUCAUCUCUCUGUUUGCCCUGGCGGCUGCCACGCUCUUCUACCUCAACACCAGGCCCGCCCCGCUGCGGUCCCCUGCAAACCUCAAAUGCCAAACCCUGGGCAUCAGGGAUGGAGCUAGGAAGGUGGCGUUGCUCAAGGACAACAACAACCUGCUGGCAUACUACUACGAUGAUGCAAAGACCCUCUAUGAGGUCUUCCAGAGGGGCAUGAAAGUGUCAGGUAACGGGCCCUGUUUGGGCUUCAGGAAAAUGGGAAGGCCGUACCAGUGGCUCAGGUACAAGCAGGUGUCCGACAGAGCGGAGCAUCUGGGUUCGGGGCUCCUUCAGAGGGGCUUGAAGCCAACUCCCGACACUUUUGUCGGCAUCUUUGCCCAGAACAGACCCGAGUGGAUUAUUGGAGAGAUGGCCUGUUACACCUACUCCAUGGUGGCGGUCCCGCUGUACGACACCUUGGGUCCUGAGGCGCUGGUGUUCAUUAUUGAGCAAGCCGGCAUCUCGACGGUGUUGUGCGACAACCAGAAAAAGGUGGAAACUCUGCUGCAGAACUGUGAGAGAGGCCAGACCCCUGCCCUCAAAACCGUCGUCGUGAUGGACCCGUUCGACUCGGGCUUGGUUGAGCGAGGAGCCAAAUGCGGAGUGGACGUGGUGUCCAUGCAGGAUGUGGAGGAUGCAGGGAAGAGUGACCUCCAGAAGCCAGUGCCUCCAAAGCCGCAGGACCUCAGCAUUGUCUGCUUCACCAGCGGAACUACAGGAAAUCCCAAGGGUGCGAUGCUGACUCAUGAGAACGUCGUCGCUGAUGCCGCGGGGGUCCUCAAAACCUUUGAGACAUCCAUCGUUCCAACUCCAGAGGACAUCACCAUUUCAUUCCUGCCAUUGGCGCACAUGUUUGAAAGAGUCGUGCAGAUUGUCAUAUUUGGUGCUGGUGCUCGAGUCGGGUUCUUCCAGGGGGACAUCAAAUUACUGCCCGAUGACAUGAAGGCCCUGCAGCCCACCAUCUUCCCCGUCGUGCCCCGACUCCUCAACCGGGUCUACGAUAAAGUGCAGAGCGGUGCUACGACUCCUUUCAAAAAAUGGCUGCUCAACUUUGCAGUGCAGAGGAAAUUGGCUGAGGUGCGGGAGGGCAUAGUCCGGAACAACAGCCUAUGGGACAAGCUCAUCUUCCACAAAGUGCAGGAGUCUCUGGGUGGACGAGUGCGAGUCAUGGUGACGGGGGCGGCGCCCAUCUCUCCUUCGGUGCUGGACUUCCUCCGGGCUUCACUUGGUUGCCAGAUCUUUGAGGCGUACGGCCAGACGGAGUGCACGGCUGGCUGCACGUUCACCUUGCCAGGAGAUGCCACUUCAGGUCAUGUCGGUGUGCCUCUGCCGUGUAAUGUGGUCAAGCUGGUGGAUGUAGAAGAAAUGAAUUACUUUUCAUCAAAUGGUGAAGGCGAGGUGUGCAUCAAGGGGAUGAAUGUGUUCAAGGGUUACUUGAAAGAUCCGGAGAAGACGGCUGAGGCUUUGGAUAAGGAUGGUUGGCUGCACACUGGAGACAUUGGGAAAUGGCUGCCAAGUGGUGUUCUAAAGAUUAUCGACCGCAAGAAAAAUAUCUUCAAGCUGGCUCAGGGUGAAUACAUCGCGCCAGAGAAGAUUGAAAAUGUCUACGUGCGCAGCGGCCCCGUGGCCCAAGUUUUUGUGCAUGGAGACAGUCUCCAGGCCUUCCUGGUUGCAAUUGUGGUCCCCGAUCCAGAGGUCUUGCCGGGUUUGGCUAAGAACCUUGGAUUCCAGGGCUCCAUUGAAGAACUCUGCAAAAACAAGGAAAUCAAGAAAGCCAUUCUAUCAAAUAUGAUCAGUCUGGGAAAAGAAGCGGGACUGAAGUCUUUUGAGCAGGUGAAGGACGUGCAUCUCCACCCAGAGCAGUUCACUAUUGAGAAUGGCCUCUUGACCCCGACGUUGAAAGCCAAGAGGGCCGAGCUCAAGUCUUUCUUCCGCAUGCAAAUCGACCGACUUUACGAGCAAUAAAUGAACUCCACUUCCGG